UGAGGAUCCAGAUCCAGACCGCAUCCACAUUCCACAUCUCUGUCCACAAUACACGGAACCCUAAAUCGAUCGAGUUCCUCCCAUCCAGCGAUGGCCCUGGCGGCGACCGCAAAAAAGAAGAACAAAGCAAUGGCCCCGGCGGCGCAGGGGGAGUGGUUCAUCAUGUACGGCAUCCCCAAGGUGUCGGGUGAGAUGAGCAAGGAAUUCCCCAAUGCGGCCUUCACCUUCAACGAGGUUCCGCUCCUUUCCCACCUAACCGUCCCGGGUAACGUCGCUACCCCCGCCGGAAGCGUCGACUACCCGUACAUCGCAGCUACCGACGACUGCGGCCUCCUGCUGCUCUGCGGUUACACCUUUGUCGGGCUCACCUACUACAUCUGCGACCCGUAUUUCUGUAGGACGCUGGGCAUCCUCCCCCCCGACGGCGGCUUCAACAGCCGCCACUCCGUCGGCCUCAUCCGCAAUCGCCGCGGCAGUGGGAUCAUGGUGGCCAUGCUCAACACGGGGCUCUUCAGUACACAGGCCCGCAUCAUACUCUCCUGCACGAUUGACCUGUGCGAGUGGGUCAACAAGGAGGCCGACUGCGGCCACAUCAGGGAGACAAAACCGUGCUGCUGGGAUGGCGUCCUCUCCCACGAGGGAUUCCUGUGGUGGUUCGACCUCUCUUCUUGUAUACUUGCCUGCAACCCCUUCCUGGAUAGACCGACGUUUUACCAAAUCAUGUUCCCGCAUGUCUCUGACCGGCUGCGCGCAGCGUGCUUCCCAGUUCAAGGUGACAAAUACCGCUGCUUAAAGAUUGUCCCCACGGUGGCGCUCGUCCACCCAAGGAAUGCCUACAAGGUUUACUUCUUCCUGGGCCAGCACAUCUUCUGUGUCAACCUGAAGAAAAAGUGAUGCAGUGUCUGGAGUUGGACAAUCAGGAGCUGCCGUCACUGUCCUCCCUCGUGGUCCAUUCCUGGAAUUUGCCGGCAGGGACCACAAAAAUCCAUUCGUCUGGGCCUGAUGAGUCUCACGUCCCUGGGGUUCAUUUCCUGGUUCACUAUAACUUGGUGGAUGGUUUUCUUGAGAAAGCAGUAGCUGUCAUGAGCAGGUCGCGUCCUGAAUUGUUUGGCAUGGGUAUGUAGAUCUAGGCUCCAAUUGUUUCAUUCCAAUGUUUUGGGUGGGAAUGCAUUAAUUAUUGGGUAUUGCUGGGCUAAAGGAAGUUCAUAAGACCAACUCUUCCAAAGCUAAAUUGUGGAGAAUUAGGUCUCCGGGUCUGGAUGAACUUGAAGAAGACGAAGAUCACUCUCUGACCAUGGAGGAAUCUGAUGACGGAGAUGACUCUGAGAUGGAGCAACUUGAAGAGGGCGGAAAUGACUGCGAGAUGACUGAGGAAUCUGAAGAGGACUGAGAUGAUGGAGGUGAUUUAGAUCCAAGUGUGGCAGCUGUUGUUACGCAGGGCUGCUUUGCGUGCCAGCCAGUGACCACCAUCCAUCACUUAUCGACUUGUCACUUCCACUUCUGUUUGCUCUUAUACUCCUAGACCAGUGGUUUGGCGUUCUGGAAGCAGCAUUGUUAUGCUAUAUACUCCUAUAUAUAUAUUAUACGAUGUUGUGACAAUA